GCUCGCUUUUGUAUGUGGCUAUCGUACGCUUGAUGGCUGACCCAUCGGCGUUGGAGGAGGACGCACGGGAAUUCGCUGAUGUGGCAGAAAAGUACGACCAUUCUGGCCAGUACGAUGCAGCGGUAUUUUUCUACUCAGAGGCGGCCCAGGCACUGUUGAAUGCGGAGGCGGCUGGUUCGAAGUCAACAUCGUUACGAGACACUGCUCAGCGGUACGUAAAGCGCGCCGAGGUAUUGAAACAUCUGUUGUCCCAAAACGGGAAAGAAAGCACGUCAGCACGCAAACCUUCAACAACACUCCAAUUCGGGAUAGACAGAGCACAAUUUAUUCUGAAGGACGCCAUAUCUGAGGAGGAAAAUGGUAAUAUCCAAGAAGCGAUAGAUCUAUACAGCAACGCGGUUGAAUUACUGCUCGCUUUGCGCUCCCAAAACCCCGACGAAGCUGAUUUGUCAAAGAUUAAAAGGCUUGCCAACGAAGGUCUCACUAGGGCGGAAAUACUGAAAAAGUGCCAGCAGACUCAUUCCCUGCCUUCCGCUAGAGAAACCUCGACGGGACCUGAAAGCUCUGGUGGAUACACUGCAGAGGAAGUGAAAGUGCUCAAGACAACUUCAAAGAUCAACGGUCGAGAAUAUCCUCCGUUCUUGGACUCGAUUGAUCGCCGCAUGCGGUUCUCGUUUCCAAAGCCAUUCUCCGAUAGCCAUGGAUACUUGGCGCUUUCGGAAAAACAACGAGCUUCCUUUGAUCGUUGGGUCCGCCCCUCAGACUACUUGGAGAAUCCCAAAAUGAUUAUGGCCGUUUCGUGUUUCUCCAUUCGACAAACGGUCGUCACCGACUGCUCAUUUGUGGCUUCCAUGGCUAUUGCUGCACAAUACGAGCGUCGUUUCAAAAAACGUCUGAUUACCAACAUUAUCUUCCCACACAACCGGAAUGGGGAAGCGGUCUACAACCCGUGUGGUAUUUAUGUGGUUCGUCUCCACAUCAACGGUGUCCCACGUAAGGUGGUCAUUGAUGAUUUUCUCCCCAUGGGGAAGAACGGCGAACUCCUGUGCUCCUACUCAAGCAACCGAAGCGAAUUGUGGGUCUCACUGCUUGAAAAGGCCUACAUGAAAGUAAUGGGUGGCUACGAUUUCCCCGGUUCCAACUCGGGAAUCGAUUUGCAUGCCCUAACUGGAUGGAUCCCAGAGCGAAUCGCAAUUCGGUCGAACAGCGUAAACUUUAACAAAGAUAAAGAGUUUCGGCGAUUAUCCGGUCGGUUCCAUCGCGGUCAUUGCCUUAUCACUGUGGCUACCGGUGAGAUGUCCGAGGAGGAAGCCAAACGCACAGGUCUUGUGCCUAGCCAUGCGUACGCCCUGCUGGAUAUGCGAGAAGUGGACGGUAAACGACUGCUUAUGCUCAAGAAUCCCUGGAGCCAUCUGCGUUGGAAGGGCAACUUCUCUGAACAUGAUUCCCGUAACUGGACACCGGAUCUCCAGGCGAAGUUAAAUUACGACCGAUUGUCUGCCCAGUCCUUAGACAACGGAGUUUUUUGGAUCGAUUACGCGUCGUUGUGCUACUUCUUUGAUGUGUUCUAUGUGAACUGGAACCCUGAUCUGUUUCCGCAUACGACCUGUGUUCACGACACAUGGCUAGCCAGUUCUGGUCCAAAGAAAGACCUCUAUUCUCACGCGAAUAAUCCACAAUACCGGUUGGAAGUCCGAUGCACAGUCGAAUCUUCCAUAUGGGUGCUGUUAACUCGGCAUAUAACAGACAAGGCGGAUUUCGCAGAUAACAAAGAAUUCAUCGCCGUCGUGGUGUACAAGAAUAUCAGCACACGUAAAGUCUACUGUCCAUAUGAAGUGACUCCUUUUCGUGACUCGGCCCGCACCAACAGUCCACACUGUCUGAUUCAAAUGCUCCAGGAUCCCGGCACCGACACGUACCAUUUGGUUGUUUCUCAGUUCGAGAAAAACAACACCAUCUUCUACACUCUGCGCGUAUAUUCCACCUCCCCGUUCGUCUUAACCAAAGUUGUGGAUCCCUACAAAGUGGAAAAACAGAUCACCGGACAGUGGAAGGGCAUAUCUGCUGGAGGAUGUCCCAAUCAUCCAGACACCUAUGACAACAAUCCCUGCUUCCAGAUUAAUCUGAAAAACAAUGAGAUCGACAAUCAAAUCCUAAUCGAAAUGCGAGGACCGAAAGAUUACGCGAUCAAUUGCGAAUUGACGAAAAUCUCCGUGACGAAUCCUAACGCUCCGAACAAACUGGAGCGCAAAAGUGCCGACAGCUAUCGACGUGGGUACGUCGUUCUGGAACAAGCCGGCUUGUCUGGUGGUGUGUACAAUUUGGUCGUAUCGACCUUCUACCCGAAGCAAGAAGGGCCGUUCAUUUUGGACAUUAAAUCUCUGCGCCAAUUCACUGUGACAACUAUUCGCUAGCUAACCGGUGCAGCAACGCACUCACCUCGGUCUUUCAUCUUUCCCUACUUUUUGUCUACUUUGACCGCGUGAUAAAGAGACAGUUCUAUAUCUUUCCCUAGCUAUAAAAGGUGGCUUCCGGAGUUUCCAUUGUAUGUUUCGAGUGCCUAUAUUUGUGUUGUCUUUUUCCACGUGAUGUAAAAUUAACGCACCAAAGUUUAAUGGAAUACAGAAACCGAGUGACUUGGA